UUUGUAUUACUAGUGCGGUUCGCUUGGCAAGGCGGGAAGAAAUACAUUUUGUCGACUGAUAUAAUCGAAACCCUUUUAUCAUUUCAGAUACACUGAGGCAAAAAUGCACUCAUUUGUUGUUCGUCUGUAAAAUACAUUUUGUCGACUGAUGUAAUUGAAACCCUUCCAUCAUUUCAGAUGCAUUGAGGCAAAAAUGGACUCGUUUGUUGUUCGUCUGGAAAAAAACAAAUCAACUAAAAGGCGGAUAUGGGAAAGAGAUAUUUGGGAAAUCGAGGGGAAGUUUUCGUCAACGUACAGGCAUCGAAUUGUUCGUCGGCUGCUGAAGUCUUAUUCAGAGUUAAAUCUAUCCCACAAAUUUGUAUCAGAAGGGAGUAUUCUGUCUGACAGAGGAAGCCUGCGUGGAAGGGAGUGGAUAUCAAGCCUUGAAUUUGAUUCUAAGGGAAUCUAUUUGGCAUCAGUAACGAGUACUGGAUGCUUGAAAGUGCAUGAUUAUGAAAGUCUUUGUUGCAAAUGUGCAAGUGCUCAAAUGAAGGAUGGAAGGAAGAAAAAUGACUUCAGGGAUGAAGCAAAACCCAUAGUGGAGAUCUCUACUCGCGAGAAGCUUGAUGCUGUUCGCUGGAAUCCCACUAAUCAAGAUGAGAUUGGUUGUGUGUCUGAGCGGAAUGGCAAAGUUCUUUUAUUUGAUAUUGGAUAUGAGUCAUCAAAACCUUCACAAGUAUUGGAGAGGAAGCUGAAUCCUUCAGAACAGGAGGAUAUGGAGCAUUUUGGCUUAUCCGAUCUGGCAUUUUCCAGUGGGGACAAAUUCAGAUUACUUGCAUGCGGUCUAGAUGGUAACGUACAUAUGUGGGACAGGCGAACUGGGAAAUUCUCAUGUUCUGUUACAUCUGAUUUAUUUGACUCUCGCCCGCUCAGCUGUCUUCAGUGGACUUAUGAUGAACAGAUUGUAUAUGCAGGAUGUAAAACUGGUAAUGUUUAUGCCUGGGACCUUCGUGAAGGAAGAACAUCCACAGCUUUUUUAUCUCAUAAUGAGGUCUAUCGUCCACCUUUGGAAACCAUAACAAUAGCAUCCUUAUUGGAAGAUAUUUCCUCUUUGAAGGCCCAAACAGAAAUUAUAUCCAGUGGUGUACAAUCGGUCAACCUCAAUCCUUCUUGUUGGUAUCAGUUGGCUUUUCACCUUAACAAUGGGUGGUCUGGGGUACUUAAUUUGAACAGUAAAAAAGUGACUCAUAUUCAUUGCCCUCCUCCACCAUGGAUGACACGGGAUUCUCCAACAGCCAGUUUCUAUCAUAGGAAACCUGCAUGGCUACCUUCAGUUUCAAUUUAUGUAGCAGGCUCUGCCUUGGAUUAUGGAAUCAAUAUAUUAGAUUUUUCUCCGGGCUAUAAAUCAUCUUGUUACGUGGAUAGUGACAGUGAUGGGAUGCAAACUGAUCUGGAAGAGAACGAUGGCCACUUACAUAGCAAAAUGGUUCAAGUUUCAGCACCUGUUGUGGCUUGCACUGCUCAUCCCCUUAAUACAAGUUUUGUUGGAGGGACCGAGGGUACAUCCUUGGCAUUGAUUGCCCAGAAGUAUGAAUCUACAAGUGGAGAGGGAUCACCUUCAGAUGGUUCUCUAUCUUGGGCACACAUUUGAUGUUAUUAACUUAUCUGGUCUUACCAACUAGUGUCUUGAAAUAGUAUUAUUGGAGGGACACUGUGUUAUCUAUUACGCAUCACCAUUUAUUGUCUCUCGUGUCAUUGAUUCUAAGUAAAAAUGUAGCAGGGUGUGCCCUUGUUUUUAAUUGCCAAGGGUUGUCACUAUAAAUCGACAAGUAGACAGGAAAUUUCUUAGUCACUUAAAAAUGUGUGAUCGGGCACAAUUAGACUGAAGUUUCUAUUUUUUUUGGUCUCCGGAAGAAGUCGUGGUGGACAAGUCUGGUGAGUUGGGCCUUCUGACAUGGAAGGAGAUUCAUUUAUCGUCCUUGAGAACAAUUUUCUAAUGUGAAUAACUUCAAAUACUGUGUACCUAACCAAAUGUAAAUGAUGAAUAUAAUCGACAGAAUUUGUGGACUUCUACAAUUACAUCAGAGGACUGUCUUGUUCCAAGUUGUUAUAUGGAUGCAUUUGAGGCGUUUUACA